AUGCUCCAUUCCAUCGAAUCCAUCCUCGCUUCUUGCAUUCUGGCGACAACAACAACAAAAACCAUCAUCGCCCUCGUCGUCGCCCGCUCGCCGUCCCAACGCCCUGCUUCGUGCGGUUUUCUCGAAUUUUCCCCCGUCCCCAGCCCGAUCUUGGAUCGCGCGCAGAAAAGUAUCCCAUUCGAGAUGACGCUGCGAGAUUUGAAUCAAUUAAACAAGGACCCUAGUCCCAAGCGAGAAACCCUGUCGCCGCUAGUGCUACCCGCGCUUCCGGUUCAGGCCCACCCCCCUCCAGGUUUGGGGACCAUGAGCGCAGGCACGUUGGGCAGCCUGGGCGCUCUGGGCAAUCUGGCAACCACGGGCUCGUCAGCCGGAACACCACGAAGGCUCAGGAGAUUGCAGUCGGCCCAUACCCUAGGGGCAAAGAGCUCGGCGCAACCGUCAUUCAUUUCCCAACACAGACUGCAACCGGCGCCAUCGUUGCAACAGCUCCAGCCAGCGCUCCAGCCAACGCUCCAGUCCGUGCCACAACAAAACCAACCGUACCGCCCGCGUCGAUCGCUCGGCCUGGCCAGCUUUGCUACACUUGCCCAGCAGAGAGAGCAGCAACUGCAGCAGAGCGAGUAUCAACAGCAGCAACAGCUACAGCCGCCGACCCUCCGAAAGCUCCCCUCGCCCGUUCCUUCGCCGCGAAGUCAUGCGAGCAGUAACCGCUCGCCCCAGAGAGCACGCUCCAACAGCGACGCACCCCCUAUGCCUGCUCCUGUCUCCCAGUUGAACACCAUGGCCCAAGUAGUCCCACGCCGAUCUGUCCUGAGUCGGCGAUCACUCGCCGCCGAUGCCAUGUCCCUCGAGCGACUGCUUCGUGAAGGCCCUCCCGACGGCGACGUCGAGGGCGCUAUCGAGAGCACUCGUCUGAAGAUCCUCGACCAAGGGAUCAAAGCCGACAGCGACGGCAUGUCGUCCCUCAGAAUCUACGUCUGGCUCAUCCUGCUCAACUGCCCCAUCAUCGAGACUGAUACUUACCUGGCCCUGAUCCACCGCGGCGCAUCUCCCGCAUACUCCAAGAUUCGCAACGACACCUUCCGAACGCUCACAACCGACCCUCUCUUCCGGCGCCGUGUCAGCGAGGCCAGCCUGAUCCGAUUACUGAAUGCCAUUGCUUGGGUGCUCCACGACGCCCGCGAGAGUCGCGCGCGCACCCCCAGCAUCGCCAGCAGCUCCCGACAGUCCGUCGACCAGUCCAACAGCAGGCCAGGCACCGGCUACAGCGGCUACAGCAGUUCCUCACACCCCACCUCGUCUCCGUCGUCGAAGAAUCGUGGCCGGGCCUUGACCUUGACGACCGAGGGUUCCGAGGCCAGCUGUUACACCGGCGACCACGGUACAUAUGUGCAAGGAAUGAACGUGUUGGCCGCGCCGUUCCUCUAUGCUGCGCGUAGUGAGGCCGAGGCAUUUGUUGCCUUUCACCAGCUGCUCACAAGAGAACUGCCGGGCUACAUUCGGGGCGCUAUGGAUGGUGUACAUAAGGGUCUGGCGCUGGUCGAUAAGGUGCUGGCCAUCGUUGACCCGAAGCUGAGCUUGUACCUGUUGAGCAAGAAUUUGUCGGCCGAGAUCUACGCGUUCCCCAGCGUACUGACGUUGUGUGCGUGCACGCCGCCUCUGCCGGAGGUGCUCAAGCUCUGGGACUUUUUGUUUGCUUACGGCCCGCAUCUGAAUAUCCUAUGCAUCGUGGCCCAGCUGGUCAUGAUUCGGAAUAAGAUCUUGGAGUCGCCGAGCCCCAACAAGCUCCUGCGAUCCUUCCCUCCCCUCCAGGCCGACCAGAUCAAGCGUACGACUCUCGCGAUUAUUAAGAUGAUCCCUGACGACGUAUAUGCCGAGAUCGUCGCCCACGCCCGGUAA